UCGAUAGUUACAUUUAAAAACCUAACAAUAUCAGAAAGUUGAAUUUUAGAUCGAUACUUAUAAACAUAUUCAAUUGGAAAAAAUAUGUCAUAACCGAAAGUACAAGAUUAAAGAUAUGAACAAAACAGACGAAGACCUUUCACUUCAUUUUUAUCAGCAUUUAUGUAAUAUAAUUGGGUCAGAGGAUGUUGUAAAAACGAGAAGAAAGAUAUUUUGUGCAAUAGAUUGUAUUGCUCAACAUCCAGGCUUUGUUGGUAUAAGUAGUGGGAGUAAAGCAGAAGGUUUGGACCUCGAGGGCAGUGAUUAUGAUCAGAUGUUUCUUCAUGCAUUUAUGCGUGUGUACGAAAGUAUGCUUAACGUAUCAAUAUCUACAAAUACAAUUCCUUUACUCAUGGACAUGAAUGACACAAAACCAGGGUUUGCUAAGCUUCAACUGUUAAAAAGCAAAAUGUACAGACGCUUUCCCAUUAUAUAUCAAUUUUGUGAUAUUGAAGAAGGAAUAGUAAACUUUUCGAGUAAAUUAUUUCGGGAGCUUUAUUUGCAAGAUGGUAUGAUUAUUCAUGGACCGUGUCAUUCUACAAGCGAUCUAACAUAUGAUUCUGCUAGGUGUUUUCAUUGUAACGAAUGGAUAACACCUGCUCAUAAUUGGAUUUACAGAUCCAGAUCGUCAUGGCCCGAUAACAAAUUAGUCACGGCUGUUGUAAAGCAUGGAGUUUUAUUUGUUCCCAUCGGUUGUAAAGGAUCAUUGAAUGAAGAUUUGGAAUGGCGGAUAUCAUUUUCAAUGGCAGAAAAACAACUUAUACAUUCCUUUUCUCAUACACAGUUAUUAUGUUACGCGUUAAUGAAAAUUAUCUUAAAAGACACUGUUAAAGAAAAACACGGUGGCCUCAUUUGCUCAUACUUUCUUAAAACUAUAAUGCUCUGGUUAUGUGAAGAAACAAGUCCUUCUCAGUGGCAUUCUCGCAAUAUAAUUCCCUGUUUCACGAGCUGUUUCAGACGACUCAUUUAUUGUGUAGAACAUAACACAUGUCUUCAUUAUUUUAUUCCAGAAAACAACCUAUUCAAAGACAGAUUUACUGGUUUUCAACAAAAGUCUUUACUUAUUACAUUACAUGAUAUAAGUAGUUCAUGGUGGACUUACGUUUUUGAUACGGCUACAUUCCAGAACUAUAGAAUAGAAAAAAUUGAUUCACUCUCAUCUUAUUUAACAGCGUCAGCACUAUCAUGCUUAUCAUACACGCACAUGCCGUUUCAUACCUUAUUUACUUGGAACAUCAAACAAACCAUCACACAUUUAACCAAUAUAAACGACAAAGAGAUGUCGGCAUACCUCAUUUCACUGAAUUCCCUUCAAUGGAUGCAGUUACCAAACAAUAAUAACUUACUUACCGGCAGAAACAAGUCUUUAUACAAACAAUACAAGAAAAGCUUGCAUUAUUUUAAGGCAGGGCUGAUUUGCAACAUUAUUUCCGCUUGGUCAUUGUUAGCAUCAUUAUUUUAUAAACAAAAGAGAUUCCAUGAAUGUAUAGAUGUUUUAAACUACUGUUUGUCCAAAUGUACUCCUGAUAAAAUUAAGCUACAUAGUGACAAUGAUUUAAGCGAACAGACUAUUUUUCGUAAAAUGAAAGAUGCAAUUGGAUUAUUAUCAACUUGUAAACAUUUAUUAAUUGAAAGUGUGCAGUUUCACGCGCCGUUUUGUUUACUGCCUGUAGAACUGACCCCUGUGUUUGAACUUUUUAAUGAAGUUUUCCUAAUGUUCCCUCCUGUUGUUUAUUUACAAAUAUUACUGUUCUUAUGCUUACAUCAUCUAGGAGACAGUAGAGGCAAAAGAUAUUCACUUCGAGAAUUGGAACUAACAGUUCGAGAAUUAUAUUUUAUUGAGAACGAGUCGUACUUCCAAAUUGCAAAGACCUGUUUACACAUUGCUAAAUGUAUGAUGUAA